GUGGGGGACGCCCUGGGCUUGAGGGUGCCGCCAUUUUGUCUCUGUCACUCUCGUCAGCGGCGCGGUUUGGGUGUUAUUGAAGGAGGGGGGGCGGGCGGAGGCGGCGGCGGGAAGGAAAGAAAGCGCUGGAGGCCGCGGCGGAGAGGCCGGACUUGACGAGCGGGGCAUCAUGAUUUCGGCCGCCCAGCUUCUGGACGAGCUUAUGGGCCGGGACAGGAACCUGGCCCCGGAUGAAAAGCGCAGCAACGUGCGGUGGGACCACGAUAGCGUGAGUAUGGCCGAGACGCGGCCUCCUCCUCCUCUAUCGCCGGCCCUCGCUUGGUCAAGGCCCUUUUGCGCGCGCUUUGGGGGGCGGAGGUAAGGUGGAGGGGAGAGAAGAUGGGCCAGUUAGCAGGGCGAGGAACAGGUUUACCUAAAAUGGGGAGGAGGAGGAGGAGGAGGAGCCGCUCCGCUAUUAACUGCUAGAAUAGCUUGCAGGCAAAGAGGUGAGGGCACCUUAAGGCCCUGCGCAGCGGGUAGCGGGCGCGAUGAGCAGGGAGCAUCGAAAAGCCUUUGCGGGAGGAAAACGGGGUUGCGUUUCGCGGCCUUGGGGGUUGAAGGACAAACAAGGAAACGUUGUACCCCCGUUAUGUUCACGCUGAGGAUUUGUGGUUGAAGCGAACAAGAGCUAAACCUCUGGAUCUGGGGCGUCUGCCUUUGGGGGGGGGCGCACGGAGAGGGAGAUUUGAAGCCUUUGGGGAGGGCGAGGCACCCACUGCUCUAAUAAAGGGCCUACCGAUCCUGUAGUUUCAACUCUUCUUUAAGGUGUGAUGCUUUUAAGAUCGCUUGUUCCACCGCCUUCUAAUACGAAGCACAGCUGCCUACGAGAGAGUGUAAACAACCGGAAAGCAUUGCAAUACUACUAUCUGGCGACGUGAAUAAGGCUGCAAAAUUCAGGCACAGCUGAAAACUAAAACGUGCGGGGGACCGAAAUACACUCGAGCAUUGAUCUGGCCAAAGGUCUGCAAAAACACAAAUUUAUUUAAAGUAUUGUGCGAGGGGUUGGAGAUAUGCAACACCUGGGGCAGAAUGUUCUAACGUCUGAGUGCUGCAGUCAAAGGUCCUGCCACCUGUUCCCACCAACUGUGCUUCAGAUGAGGGCCACACAUGGGCAAGAGUCUCAGCACUUGACUUAGUAACUGACUGUAUUUUAGGAGAGGAACUGGCCCUUUAGGUAUCCUGGUUGCACACAUCUUCCCCACUCAGAAAUCAAAGCGCUGCAUUUUGUACCAGCCGAAGUUUUCGGACUGUUGUUCAAAGGCUGAACCAUUUGUGGUUGUAGCCAGGUCUACCUUAUCCACAAACAUUGCUGUGAUUACACCAGCCAAAACCAAGCAACCCCACUGUUGGCCACCACCACAUCUUAGAAUCAGAAGCAAUACUCCUAAAAUUAAAAUUUUGCUUUUCUAAGGAAUGUGAGACAAUUCCUGCAGACUUUGCAGGAAUUAGGGAUUUGUGAUCAUUGAGUUUCUCCAGAGGCUUUGCUUCUUAACUCAUGACAGCAGUGAACAUUCAUUUACAUUGAAAGAGUACAUUUCCCCCCUUAACAGCCCACACAGUUUUUGCUAUCUCUACACAUAAAGAGCUGUUGAUUUCAUAAUGUCAAGAAGCAUUUUGCUCCUCUGUUAUGGCAUUGCCUUAGGAAACUCUGGGCAGGCUGCCUAAAAUGUGUUGAAGUCACACUCCUUCUGAAGGAGCAGGUACCUAACUUGAGGGUGUUUCUGGAUCCAUUACUAUCACUUGAGGCUCAAGUGGCCUUGAUGGCUUUGAGCAAUGGCUCAGCUGCAUUCACCUUUUGGACAGGAACAACCUAACUUCUGGUACCUAAGCUCUGAUGAUCUAAGUUGGACUACUGCAAUGUGUUAUACAGGCAACUCCCCACGUCGGCAGAACAUGUGUACUGUAAGCCCACCCCGUUCAGCCCCCUUUCAGGACCACAGUAUGCAUAUUGGCGAUCACACACCAAUCAAACACAUGCAAAAUUGUUGUUGUCUGUACAUUGAAGAUGGUUCUGCAACUGGUGCAGAAUUUAGAGGCCAGAUUGUUGACUGGGAUAGAACUGUCUGAACAUAUAACUGAUUUUGGCAUGACUGCAGUGGCUAUCAGUUUCUGGACUCAAUUCAGAGUGCUGGUUUUGACCUUGAAAGCCAUAUGUAGUUGAGGACCACAGUACCUCAAGAACCACUGCUCCCCUGAAGCCCUCAGUCAUCAUAUGAGACCCUUCGUUGUGUGCCCCCCUCCACAGGAUAUUUGGAGGGUGUAGUAUGCUCUUCCCCGAGAUGCACGCCUGGCACCAUUUUUAUCUUAUUUUUAGGCUCCAGGCAAAUACUUUUCUCUUUACCUUGCCUCUGUUUCCUUAAUUUGAAAGGUGGCAUUGUGGCCUCUUUUAGUGGGGUGGGAUCAGUAACUCAUCAUCCGUUGUAUCUGUUUAGCUGUAUUUUUAGAUUGUUGUUGGAUGUUCUUAACUGGUUUUAAUGUAAGUUGCUAAGGGUCGCUCUUUGAGAAAAGCAACUCACUGAUAUAACCAAUAUAUAAACUGAAUAACCUCUGUGCAGUUGGGAAAACGUUUCUGAUUUCCACGUGCUAGAACCUAGUGUUUAGGAAAUUUCCAGAGAAAUGUACCAAUAUCUUCCUCAAAUAUCGGCACUACACAUGGGCAAUCUGUCAUCUGCAGACAUUGUUUCACUGGCCCCUGUUUAUAGAAGCUGUUUAAAGAUGGCACAAAAAAGUGUUCCUAGAUUCCCCCUCCCCCCCAGAAGUCAAAUAGUGGCUCACAUAGUAUAUAUGUUUCUUUAACAAUAUAUUGAAAAAGUGUUAUUUCCUGCUCACUUACAGAGCAAUCCAUUACCUGUCUACUCUGCAGUAAGUCUCACUAAGUUCACUGGUGUGAGCAGAGCAAACCUAGCCAGACAGAUACACUAGCAUAGUUACCGCACCAUAACACUCACUUUUUUCCUCCUAAAAAGUAAGGGGAAAUGUCUGUGCGUGUUAUGGAGGGAAUGCCUACGGGUGGCAUGCCUACGGAUUUUCCUCCUCUAAAAACUACGUGCGUAUUAUGGUUGGGUGCGUGUUAUAGAGCGAAAAAUACGGUAAGCUGCAGCCUAUCAGAUCUAGGCUGGAGGUGGGGCAAGGUUGGAGGACAGUGUAGACAUUCAUUUUCUGCCUUUCCAUUGGCUCCUGUGUGAUGAAUUUUAGUUGCACCUAUAUUUUGGUGGCAUGCUGUGGAGGCGGAACCAGUGAAUGAAAGGAUUUAAUAUGCAGUGUAAAUCUGUUGAUCCCUCUCCUUGUCCCUGACAUACACUCUUUUUGCCCGUUACGCCAACAUAACUUCCACUGGCUUAUUUUAUGCCAAGAUGAGUCAUUUGCUCAGUUUAAGUCCAGGAUAGGGUAAUAGUCCACAUCCUAAUUUCUCUCAGAUGGUGCAUUUAGGAGUUAGGAUUGCAUUGCUGUCUACUGAGGAACAUAGGAAGCUGCCUUAUACUGAGUCAGACCAUUGUCUACACUGACUUGCAGUGACUGUCCCUGAUUUCAAAACUGAAUUCAGCCUCACCUAGAAGGGCUGGGGAUUGAACCUGGAACCUCUAUGCAAAGAAGAUGUUGUGCCCCUGAGCUAUGUUACUGUAGGAUUGCAGCCUCAGGUGCUUCCAUACAUGGUUUAAAUGAGAAGAACUGAGAUCAAGUUGCUAGUUUCUUUCAUUUUUAUGACACCAGAACCCCAAAAUAUAGCAUCUUGUGUUUGGGUGUAGACAAUUCCAGCAACUGGUAUUCAGUAGCAUCGCUGCCUCUGACUUUGGAGGCAGAGCAUAGUCAUCAACAGCUCUUGACUGAAAUUCUUGAACAGUGUAUUGUAUAGGUUUUUACUUAAUUUACUUGCUAGCCGUAGGAAACCAGGAAUUGAUGCAGGUAGGUGAAAAGUUGUUGUUGAAGGGACAGAUUGUGCUAUUACUCUUCUGACAGCCCUCUAAAAGGGCCUGAAGAAAUGAGUCAGUACUCAUCCAUACUGUAAAGCUUACCUAGAUGGUUUGUGCUUAGGAUAUUUUAAAUGCAGCCAAAAUUAGCACUGAUGGGUAAGGUUGGUUUAAAAAGAAAGAGAGAGAAAGAAAGAAAGAGAAUUGGAACAAGAGCAAAUUACUUAAUUCUCUUACAGCUUUGCGUCUGUCUAAAUUUGAUGUGUAAGGAAAGUAACUUAAGUUUCUUCUUCUCAAUCAGGUUUGUAAAUAUUACCUUUGUGGGUUUUGUCCAGCUGAACUAUUCACAAAUACCCGUUCUGACUUAGGUAAGUGCCUUUGGUUUUUUUCCUUAUAUUAUAGCAAAUGUCAAGGUCAUGGAUAGAAGCUGCUGUGAAUAAAUAUUUUCUUUGUUUACCUCCUAUAUGUAUGGAUGGAGACAGACACACACACACAAAAUCAUCUCAUUAAGAUGACUAAAAAUCUUAGAUUUGCAUAAGUUCAGAGCCAUUAAUGUGAAUUUUCCAGAAAAUUUUGCUUUAGAAAGUUUUCCAAAAGAAAUUCAUAUGCUAUUUAGGGUAAUUUGCCUUGGAACAUUUUCUGGUGCUCUAGAGAAUGAUGUAAUUGGUAUCUUUAUUUUAUUUGAAAUUAGUAAAUAGAGCAAAAGAAAACUGCAAAGCUUACCUAAUGUUCUCUACCUUCAUUUCAGUUGGGAUCUGUUCAUUGUUUCUAAUGAGCUUAUAAAACAGAAAAUUUUCAAAAGAAAAAUGAAGCACUGGGGAGGAGGGGAACAUUUUCAGUUACUGGAAAAUGUUCUGCCUCACAUUCCUAUUCAUAGCAGAUUGGGUUACAUUCCAGGGCCCCCAUGUGCAUAAGCGAAAAUCAUGUAAGUGGGGAGCUCUAAAAAGCCUAUAAAAACUCAUUUUUUCCUGCUCUCCAGUUCUAUCCACACAACUCUCUUCAACUAGAGUCGAAGCUCGGGGGCUGGCUUGAAGGAUGCAUGGAAAAGCAGCAGCAGCAGCUCCUUAAGAGCUCUGAGGACUCUCUAGCUCUCCUGCCAUUUCCCAGUUUGAAUCUACAGUAUCUAUUUUCUGGUGGCACCUGUAUACACAGCUGUGUGUGAGUCGAUUGCGCUUAAGUGGACGGACGCCUGUAUAUGGCUUCUGUCAAAGAAUCAAAAUGCAAACUUCCAGGUUCUUGCAAAAACCCUUUAGCAAUAGUUUCCCAAUAUUUCCUUCAUUUCUGGCCUUACUCCAUAGCUAACUAUAUACUGUCAGCUUUAGUGCUGUCAUGCUCUAGUUCACAUUUCAGAUCCAACGGCAGUGUUCCUAAGACUUCCACUAGCACUCUGAUUUUUAAUGUGGAUCAUACCAAAAUUGUACCAGGACAAUAUCACAGAUAUUCAUGCGUGUGUAUUUUAAAGAUGUGCCACCAACAAGGUUUGGAAUUGUUGUAGCAUUCUAAAUUGAUAGGUAAGAUCUCUUCAGUACAUUCUUUUUCUGGAACUCUUUGCCUCGACAAUCAUGGGCUUCUGUAUUUCAGAGGUUCAUAACCACUCUUUAUUAGCUCAGUAAAUGUUGCAGGGGUGUGAUGCGCUUGUUCUUGUGCUGUCACUGAUUCCAUUCAAACUUUGAAAAACAAAUAUGAAGCCAAGUACACUUGAAUCUUCAUAGAAAUAUAUUGCUUCACUCUCCUUAGGCUUGUGAAUCUGUACCCUACCUCACCCCAUUUUGUCUCUGAGCAAAUGACUCUUGAUUUUAAAUCUUAGCCCUGCUCUGGUGUGUCGGUGGAAUAUUGAUCAGGUUACAGUCAUUCUGGUACUAUGCCAGCCUAAUCGCAAUACACUAGAAAGUCAUUUAGAACUGUUAGUACUGUUGUGGAAAGGCACCCCAGUUUUAAUCUGUACAUUAGUUUGGUUAAAAACUGUUGAACUUUAUCCAGGUCUUUGUUGGCAUAGUGUUAUCAGAAAGUCAUUUGAAUGUAUCACCAUUAUUGCUUUUAUUUCUAGGUCCUUGUGAGAAAAUUCAUGAUGAAAACCUCAGAAAACAGUGAGUGUGUUAGUAGUUAUAAUUAAUAAGCUAAUAAAUAUAAUUAAGCAAUAAUGCAAGCAUUUAAAUGAGGUUUUAAAAAAUCCUCAGUUAAAAUUUCACGAGGUGGAUAGCGUAUAGUCUUUCGUUGUUAGGUAAUAUGGAGAUGACCUUUAUCUGAAGUUUAAUGUAAUCAUUUCUUUUUUAACAUUGUCAGGUAUGAGAAGAGUUCUCGAUUCAUGAAAGUAGGCUAUGAAAGAGACUUCCUUCGGUAUUUACAGAGCUUGCUUGCAGAGGUGGAACGACGAAUUCGAAGAGGUCAUGCACGUUUAGCAUUGUCUCAGACUCAACAGGCUUCAGGUGUAAGUACAAAAGCAGAGGGCACGUUAAACAUAUAUGGUAUUUUGGGUGAUAUCCUUUUGCAGAACUGUUUACAGAACGUAUUUUCCUCUCUCCUUUACACUUCUAUAAUGUGCCCCAAAUCUACUCUAGUGUGGGAGCCUGCAGAGGGGAGGGGAAGAGGAGCAGUCUCAUUGCACAUGCGGGUGCCCAUUCAUGUGAUGUUGGAUACCACCCUUUGUAUUUUCUUAUAAGUUUUCUUUAAAGUAGAAUAGAUACACAUACUUGACCAGGAGUUAUAGCAUGUUUGAAUUACCGGUCUUAACUGUGUUUCUCAAUGUAUAUACGGUUCACUUAUUGCUUUAUAAGUUCUUUAAAACUGAACAAAUACAAGAAUAGCAGGAUACAACAUAAGCCACACUUAGAUGAAACUAAUUAUAUGUGCUGUUUGAAGCUAACUUUUGAACUCGUCAGAAUCGAGUUUCUAAAUGUGUGCUGUUGCUCUGGUGGUUAAGAGAUAACUGAGUGAUAGGUGGAAGCCACAGUGUGGAGAGUGAAAGCUUAGCUUUCAGAAUUUCCAGAAAGGGACCCUGCAAGUGCAGAACCCAUAUUUGGGACUGCACAGACACCAUGUACAACAGAGGUGGAGAACCUCCAGUCUAUGGAUCAGACUUGGCCUUCCUCCCCCUUUGGCCUUGGGGCAAGCCAUGGCUACCUGCCCUACAUCUGAUGUCAUCCUAUUACCUGUGGGACUUGCCCAUAUCUGCCUUGUGCACCUCCCCAAAUCUCUGACAACCAGUUGGUUUUCAGGAGCCUUCAAAGCACUGCACAGUGCUAAGCAGGAUCACUCUCUUCACAUCAGCUGCUGCAAAGGGGGAGCAAUCCUUCUGAGUUCAGACUCAAUAGGAAUCUCUGGUGCACCCAUUUCCAACGCUUAAGUGGGAUUCCCCUUACUGUUGGCCCUGCCCUUUUAACCUUUUAGGAGCAAACUUUAAUGGCAGGGAGGGGCUUCAGAGAGCAGUUUGGCAAACCGUUACGUGAAGCAGUUUCAUCACUCUUAACAUUGCUCCAGCAAGGGAUUUUGACAGGUAGACAGGGCCACUCGCCUGUCAUAUUUGGCCUGUAAGACCACUCUUGAUAAGGAUCUGGCCCAUGGAGCCCAAAAGGUUCUCCACUUCUGAUGUAGAUGAACUUAUUGUGGAAUUUUUUCUUCUUACAACUUACUCUUCGAUAUGAGUUGUGCUGUGGACAUGACAAAGCAGAACAGUGUUUUGUUGCACUUGUAACUUUUAGGUGUCUGUUGUCACUUUUAUUUUAAUAUUUAGCAAGCAGCAGGACCUACUGGUAAAAAUGAAGAGAAGAUUCAAGUAUUAACUGACAAGAUUGAUGUACUUCUACAACAGGUAAUUGUCUUGAAUCAUACAGAAAUGUUUAUAAAGUUGGAUCAAGACAUUAUACUAACUUUGUUCUCUCUCUAUUAGAUUGAAGAACUAGGUUCUGAAGGAAAGGUGGAAGAGGCUCAAGGCAUGAUGAAACUUGUUGAACAGUUAAAAGAGGAAAGAGAGUUGCUAAGAUCUACAACUUCGGUAAGUAAGAGUCCUGUUUUUCUCUAAGUCUGGAAGCCCCAACAGAAUACAGUCAAAUAAACUUGACCUCACAAAAGACUUAUUUUUCCAGCUUGUAUUCUUCCAACUUGUUGAAUAAAUAGUUUCUUUGAUUGCCACCAAAAUAUUUUCAUACUUUAUUAGUCAUUGAGCUUUAACCAUGCGUAUAUGAGAUUAUAGUGGAUGCUUGGGUUGCGAACGUGAUCCGUGCAGGAUGCAUGUUCGCAACCCGCAGCGCUGCAUCUGCGAUUUGGUGCUUCUGCGCACGCGCAAAGCGCCGAAACCUGGAAGUAAGCCGUUCCGGUACUUCCAGGUUUCGCCGCGUCCAUAUCUGAAAACAUGCAACCUGAAGUGUCUGCAACCCAAGGUAUGACUGUAAUAGCCUGCAUAAAGGCAAAUCAAUUUAUGGGCCAAAAAAAUUGGAGGAUUGUUUCUAGUGGCUUCGUUCCACUGGUGCAAAGCUCUUUGAUCCAGCAGAGGCUUUCAGAAGUAGCAGAACAGGGAGGGGGGCAGUUUUCACUUCUUCCUCCUCCCCCCCCUUCAGUUGUUCCAGAAGGGAGGGGUGCUUUCAGGAUACAACGCUUUAUGUUUAGAAUAAAUAAUGUUGCUAGAAUGUGUCCCUCACUGGGUUAAUAUCCUCUCAGAUACACAGGAAUGCAGAAAACACUUUGAAAGAGGGAGAUCUUGGCCACAUCCCUGUUCUUGACCUAUUAAGGGAUAGAGACCAUCUUAGAACUUCAAUAAGCCUUUGGAGUUGAAAUGAACCCAGUAGAAUUUAACACCAUGGAAGAUUAUGACUUGUUUCUAAUUAUCAGAUGGCAGCCUUGGGUUUAGAGGGGUUGUUAAAUGCUAUAUUGUGUGCAGCUGGAAUAAUAUGCUUGUCAGUUGCUUUGCAGAUAGAAUUGCAUGAAGGUCUGUUUUAAAGAUGCACCUGCACUUGAAUUAUAAUGCAGUUAGACCAAUCUUGUGAUCUGCUUUGGGCAUGAAAUUGUGUGUAUUUUUAUAGCAAUUGGUUAGCUGCUUGCAUACCAAGGGGUAGGUUAAGAAUUUGAAAAAUUAAGUUGUAUUGUUUCUAGGUAAAUAAUAAAUAAAGUGUUAAUGUAACUAUCUGUUUUAACAAGUAUCUUCUGUUUCCAGACAAUUGAGAGCUUUGCAGCUCAGGAAAAGCAGAUGGAAGUUUGUGAAGUCUGUGGAGCAUUUUUAAUCGUAGGAGAUGCACAAUCCAGGGUAGAUGAUCACUUGAUGGGAAAACAGCAUAUGGGUUACGCAAAAAUUAAAGCUACAGUGGAAGAACUAAAAGUAUGUUCAAUCUUCAUUUAUAUAUAGAUCUGUAUGUGCUUGGCAAUACUGUCAACGUAUAGCCUAUGUAUAUGGCGAUGCCACUAUAAAAAAUGAUUUUAGAAUGUGCCAUUAUGAACUGAAAUACUCAGAACCUUGUGAUACCAAGUAGGUGAACUUCUCAGCUUACAUUCUUGAAUACUACCAACAGAUAAAAGUAUUGACUUAUUUUUAUUUUCAUCCAUGUUACACAAAGGUUAAAGUACACACUGACCUGAUUCAUACAUAUCCCUAAGCCAAACCAUGGCUAGGCAUGAGCAAGCAAGUACGCAGGUACUUACAGCAAAAAUGGCAGUUGCUUCUGGUCUGCUCAGAACUACCAGGACUCAUGGUUCAUUUUCUUCCAGGCAAAUCACAAACCUGGGUUCAUGAGUAAACUAUGAUUUAUCACAGAAUAAACCUGCUUGCUCAUGUUUAGUUCUGGUUUGGCUUGGUAUUAUGUGCAAAGUGGGUCAGUGUCAAUUAUUAUUUGUGGGGAAUGGAAAACCAAAAGUUAAACAAUAUAUCAAAAUAGCCACGGGCAUAGGAUGAGAAAGUAAUAAGAUAAAAAUAACUGAAUUGAUAUAGGUCUUUGUAGUUUAAGAUCUGUUUACUGAGCUAAGACAGACAGAAGUUGGUAUUAUUCCACGAGUUUCAGUAAAAAGCAUUGACAGUCUUAGAACUGUCCCAUACAAAAUGUUAUAUUUUCAUGGCACUUCUAUGCAUAAUUUAGGUACAUAUUUUGAUAAAUGUAUCCAGAUUUUAACCAACAAUUAAGAAGUGGUGUCUGAAAUGGUUUUGCUUGGUUGAUGGCCUAUUCUGUGGAGUUUUAAGCACUAUACGUACACAUAAAUGUAUACAUAUAAUGCAUCCAACUGUAGUUAGCUGAGAUUCUAAUCUGCCAAAUCAAGGUACAUUUGAGGACAAGGUGUUCAGUACAAUUUUGUUCUUGCAUUGAGCAGGGUUCUUCAAAAAUAUGUUCUUUGUGUGCAGAGAUACAGCCUAUUGCUCUGUGGUGGAUUGCCAUCAGUCAUGGAUGCUUUCGUUGAGAUUCCUGCAUUGUAGGAGGUUGGACUAGAUGCCCUCGGGGUUCCUUUCAGCUCUACAGUUCUAUGAUUCUAUUUGUAUAUAUGUUAUCAUUAAUGUUACCAGAUAGUGGAGAUGCUUUAAAUUUUAUCUGAAAUAGACUGUCAAAGAGUGUUUCAAAUUCAUGUCAUGGUAGUGAGUAUUGCCCUUUCUUAAGAAGCAUGAAAUCUUCCAGUUGGUUUUGGGUUCGAGCCCCAUAUUGGGCAAAAGGUUCCUGCAUUGCAGGGGAGUUGGACUAGAUGAUCUUCGUGGUGCCUUAAAAUUCAACAAUUCUAUGAUUUCAGUAACCUUUCUGUAAUACUUUCCUUUUUAAGGAAAAAUUAAGAAAGAGAACUGAAGAGCCUGAGCGCGAUGAUCGGUUAAAAAAAGAGAAACUAGAGCGUGAAGAGCGAGAGAGGGAACGUGAAAGGGAAGAAAGGGAAAGAAAGCGACGGCGUGAAGAAGAAGAAAAAGAAAAAGAGAGGGCUCGUGAUAGAGAGAGACGAAAGAGGAGUCGUUCACGAAGCAGACAUUCAAGCAGAACUUCUGACAGGAGGGGUAGUCGGUCAAGGGACCAUAAAAGAUCAAGAAGCAAGGACAGAAGACGAAGCAGGUACCUGUCUGGGAAGGGGCUAAGGACAUUAUAUUUCUUUGAAGUUAAUUGAAUAAAUUGAAAUGGAUGAUGAGUCGAGAGAACACCUAAAGGUGUAGACUUUGUAUUCCUGAGAAACUGCUUGAGGUUUUCAGUACUAAAAAUUCCUCACAAGUACAGUGGUACCUCGGGUUAAGAACUUCAUUCGUUCUGGAGGUCUGUUCUUAACCUGAAGCACCACUUUAGCUAAUGGGGCCUCCUGCUGCUGCUGCGCCGCCACUGCACGAUUUCUGUUCUCUUCCUGAAGCAAAGUUCUCAACCCGAGGUAAUAUUUAUGGGUUAGUGGAGUCUGUAACCUGAAGCGUAUGUAACCCGAGGUACCACUGUAUCUGAAAACUUGGCAUAAAUAGGGUUUAACCAGUUUUGAACAAACUUUGGCUUACAUUUCUCAAGGCAGUUUUACACUAAGCAUUUUGCAGCAAAACUGUAGUUUAUAUCAAAGCUUCGUUUAACUGUGAAUGUGCCUCCCCCCAAUUUUGCCGAUUCAUAUGUGGAUAUGUCAAGUUUACUUGUGAUAAAUUUAGGGAAGUGCUUUAACUAUUAUUGGGGAUAGUCAACUAAAUGACUGCAUGAGCAGAAUGACUUCUGCUUGUGCAAUGAGACACUGCCCCCCCACCUUGUCCGUUCCCCACACCAUCCCCAAAUCUGCUCCAGAGAGUUGAGGGAACCCCUGGAAUAUAUCUAGGGACAUGGGGGGGGGAUGUCCCAUUGUGCAAAGAGAAAUCCUUUCAUUGGUGGAAUGUUCACAUUAGCACCAGGUUGAAUUCCACCCAUUCUUCUUACAUUUUUAGGAGUCGAGAUCGACGCAGAAGCAGAAGCCAUGAUAGGUCAGACAGAAAACAUAGAUCACGUAGCAGGGACAAAAGGCGGUCAAAGAGUCGGGAUCGGAAAUCUUACAAGCACAGAAGCAAAAGCAGAGAGCGAGAACAAGACAGGAAAUCUAAGGAAAAAGGUCAGUUCAUAUGACUGGUGAAGAAUAGUUUUUCUGCAGAGCUGUGCCAUGAUCUUCCAGUGAUUGCUGCCCCCAUAGAUUCCUUCUGAACUCUUAAAUACAAACUUUUAAAUACUUGAUGCACCUUUCCUUCUCCCUUCCAGUACUGUAGCAUAUUAUAUAUAAAACUCUUAGAUUCCAGGUAGAUGAGUGUCUCUUGGCCGCAUACUACCUCAGUUUUUCUACAUCUGUGAACUUAAAUUCAGUUGAGUCUUCUGUUACUGUCUUUAGGUGUCUGUUACCAGGGGUGGGGAAGCAUCAGGCUUGCAGAUCUACUUGUUUUUUACUAGAACUAUUGAAAUCCACCAACCAAAGCCUGGUUUACGCUGUGCAAUAAAUAAAAUGAGAAUUUAAGCAUUCUGAGACCAGCUAUUUGUUUUGAGUACCAGAAAUAAACAGACCUCAUUGCCCACACACACACACACACACACACACACACACACACACUUCAACAGUAUAUUCAGAACCAUGUUUUUGGUGGUGGUUGUAAAACAAGCAGGAGUCAGAAAUCCUGAUCUGUAAAUAACCCAGACAUUUACCAGUCAAUCCUGAUCUGCCUUCUGCCCACCCCUCCAUUUUGCAGACUCAACAAUACUAACAGUAAAUUGGUGUGAUAUUUAAAUUGUUCCUGAAGACAUGGUGCAUAAAGGUGGUAUGUCACUAUUGUUCCAUGUUCUUAUGUACAGUUACAGUUGCUUCCCUUUGGUGAACACUUUUUCUUCAGCCCCUGUGGUUUAUUAUUCAUCCUCGUCUGCAUUUCCAACACUUUAGGAAUAUGAAAGAGCCUAACUAAAGUCUCUUCUUGGCUUGUUAUUUAUUUUUCAGGUAUUAAGUUAAGUAUAUACUUUUUAAAAUCAGUGCUAACGAGUGUAGUAGUUUUCCUUAUUGUGCUGGAUACUGCACUGGCUGAUUUCUUGCAGAUAUACUGUCUGUAUUAGCAUAUAAUGGUAAUCAAGUUAUAGUGCAACAUGAUGGACUUUAGCAAAUUUUGGACUCGUAUGCUCUCCUGCUGCAAAGCUGAGAUAAAGAAUUCAUAAGCUUCUGCUUUUAGUUAACCAGAGUUUGCCAUGUUGUUUGAAUAUGAAAUUGUGGUAAGGACUAACCUUGGUUGGUUUCAACAAGCCAGCUUCAGAAACCACAAUAUAUCACUCCAGGUGACACAGCAGCCACAGUAAGCAAAAGUUUCUGAACUGUUCCUCUUGACCACACAGGAAAGGCGAGCACACAAGACUGCAGCUCAUUGUGCAUCAUUCCAUUGUUUGUUACUUUGUCCACCCAGAAAUAACAUGAAAGCCCGAUCUCUCAAAUUAAGAAUCCAUGUUAGCUUCAAUUCCGAUUUUUAAAUGACACGCACAUAUACAGCCAUGUAAUGGGAUACUUGCAAAACCUCGAAGGUCAGAGGUACACCUCUUGUCUAAAAGAUGUUGGGUAAAUUUCUGGCCUCUGGAACAACUUUCAGUGUACUCUUCUAUUGAUAAUAGAUAUGUCUGUUAACCUCUCCCAUUUUCAAGCUCAUUAUCAAAGUAAUUUGGGAAAUGGCCUGUUUCACCUGGGGUUGUUAGUAUACAUGCUCUGCGCUAAAUUAUUUUAUUUGAUACACUGGAAUCUCCCUUCUCAGCAUGUGGGUCACUUAACACUGCAAUCAUAUGCCUGUCUACUGGGAAGUAAGCCCCAAAGUUAAACUGAGCUUACUCCCAGGUAGGUAUGUAGGAUUGCCGCCUUAGUGGUGAACAAUAUGAAUGUUUAGUGUUCUGCAUAACGCUUUGUGGUCCCCACAUUGAAAGGAAGCCUUUAAAAAUGGUCAUCAGCAAGCCAGCCUCUUCAAGCUUCACUGCCUCAGUUUUGGAUAGUAUUUCAUAAAUCCCUUUAAGGUCUCCUUACUGAAUAGAGGCUUGGAGUUUUUUUACUGCUUUAUGCAUCUUUUGUAUGUAUAGAAUGAUGGUCAUGAAUUAGAUAUGACUGCCUGUUAUUCGCCUCUAGAAAUAAUUUUCAUUUUAGUAUGUUGGUUGUGUAUUUCUUUUUAUUAAUGCAAAGUUGAAUGAAUUCCUGCUCAAGGAAGUAUUACCAGAGUUCCCAGGACUGUGAUUAAUAAAAGCAGAGUAAUGGGAAUGGUACAUGGGUAUAUGGUUCUGACCCAGUGAGGCAAGCCUGAUGCACUCAGCUGUGUGUAGGUACUGUUCUAAAAUGGGGCAUCAGAAUAGGCUGCAGAGUCUAUUAUGGCAUUCAUUGGUUCUAGAGAAGACAACAGUGACUCGAAAUAACAAUGUACUUCUUGCAUAAAUAGUGAUCUUAUUAUCUCCAGGGGGCUGCCAUUUAAAUAAUCUUGGACUGCUUCAUUCUCUUCUAUUCAAUGCCUUUUGUCUGGAUUUUCAAAGAACUGAGUUUGGGUAUAAACUAAUGGUUUUGUAGCUUAGUAGAAUACUUCACAAUUUAAUGGUAUGCAAUGCUAAAUAACAUUUAUCUAUAUCCAACACGGGAAGGUAUCUGCCCAGAAGUCAUAACCUCCUAGUUUGCAGAAUAUACAGCUUGUUUCCCCUUUCCCAGUCACCCUGUAACACUAAAAAUUGAAGACUUUCAAAAAGGUCAGUUAGUGCAACCUAUCCAGGCAAUUAUUACGUGGAACAGACACCUCUAAGAGUUCCAAAGUUAACUGGACUGUGGUGACUGGUUUUCUCUCAGCUUCACAUAUUGAGUGUUUUCCCUUAGGCAGUGGUUCCUUUGUAGUUCCUCCCCCCUCCCCUUUUUUGGCUGUUAUCUGCAUAAUAAAGCUGUUCUAAGUUUUCUUGAUAAAAGAAAUUGAAACAAACAUCAAAAUAAUCUUUUGCUCCUGCAGUAGGCCAUAAGUAUGCCUUUCCAGAAACUUCACCCAUGCAGCUUUGGCAGUCUCUUCUGUUUGUUCCCUGUUCUUUAUUCUUUGCUCUUGCAUUAAAUACCGCCAUUCAAAACAUUUAAUAUAUUUUAUCUGGAUGCUUAAAGAAGAAUUUUGGUUCAUCAUGUUGAUGAAAGAAAUACCCAAGUGAUUUCAGCGUACAGCAUACACGACUUACACUAUAUGCAUGUUAUAUAUAAUGGGACAAAAACCUGGUAACCAUGUCUGAUAUGGAAACUGCCCACCGUAAAGGGCUAUGGAUUGAAUAUAAGAGAAGGACACGUGGCUGUCUUAAUUUUUUAUUUUCUCCAGGUAAACUCAUUAUUCUGGCUUUACUAAUUUUAUUGGCAGCCAAUCCAUUGUCAGAUUCUCUUAUAGCUACCUCUGCUAUUUAGAGUUACCUGUUUUCAGUGAACUAUGAGUCCCAUUAACCUAGUGUCCCAAUUUCAAGCAACUUUGUCAAGUUUGUAACUUGUAAUUGUUUUGGACAUGAAAAUUAAGUGCAUCUUCUUGCAAGAUAGGAAAAUGAAAAUUGGAAACCUAUUGUGCUUUGAAGGUUACUUUUUUUGGCUCCCGGCAGUCAUGGAUUGUUAAAUAUCAGCCUGAUAAUGCACUUACACAGAUUACUUUCUCUCUUCUUGGCAGUGGUUGGCAAGUAGGGAGACAAUCCCCAAUCCUGGUGAGGUGAUGGGGCAUAGCAGGCAAAUGAAGGUAAAGGAGGUGGGAAUGGGCUCUGGAAAAAGAGUGAGGGAAGAGCAGGCACUACCAUUUGAGAAUAGUUCUUGAAGCCAUGGAGAAAAAGGUUUGGGGAAAAUGGGUUAUCAAAAAGAUAAGCAUGCAGAUCUUUAAAAAACAGUACAGAAUUUAAAUGUCCUUAAAACUUCAGGCAGUAAUAUGCAUAGUUGAUUCAAAUAGCCAAAUCAAAAUCAGCUCUGUGGUUUUGGAUCCAGGCUUUGCCUUUCCCAGAUGAAAGAGACUCCUUCCAUCCAUAUUGUCAGCCGAGUGGGAGGAGAGGUAACGUUCGCCAAUUCACCUCUCUGCAGCCCCCAGCCCCACCUCCCAUGUUCUUCCAGAUGUUCCAACCCUCCAGAACAGAGUUAGAGGUGGUGCAGGGUGUUGCAUUGAGGAGAAAUAAUUAAAACCACUCCUUCCUCUGUCAGCUGCAGUAUCCCCACAAAUGAAGUAAGGCCUGGAUCUAACCCUAUAUGUUAAGGUUUGUUACCUAAGAUCAAUACGUAAUCCUGUAGAAAUUAAAUUGCUUCAAAGUGUUCUGUGCAUAUGCUGUCUGAGAGGUCAAGAAUUACAUGUUCUGAAUACCAAUUGCGGGAAACCACAAUAGGUAAGAGUGCUCUUGUACUCAAAUCCUGCUUGCUGGUUUCCUACAGGCAGCUGUUUGGCCACUGAGAGAACAGGAUGCUCGACUAGAUGGGUCAUUGGCCUGAUCCAGCAGGCUCUCCGCCCUGGCCAGCAGAUUAGGUGUUGGCAUCAGAGGUCAGAGGAUGCUGCCAACAGGAGUCAGACCAACAGUCCUUCUUGCUCAGUAUUUUCUGACCAGCAGUGGCUGUCCAGCAUAUCAGACAAUAAGUCUUUCCCAGCCUUAUUUGGAUAUGCCAGAGGCUGAAGCUGGGACUUUGUGCAUGCAAGGCAGAUAGAUGCUCUACCACUGAGCUACAGUCCUUCCCCAAAUUUGUACAUGGUCUUGAGCUAAAUUAAGUGAUUAAAAGUCGUAUACUAUGAUGAAUCUGUAGUUUUAGACACAUUUUACGCUAGCCUUUACAUCAGGUAGUUAGGUAGCAUGUACAUGGCUUGUGGUUUUUGACCAGAACUAUCAAACAGGUCAGUGACUUUUGCAUUGUAAUCUUAAGCAGUUCUGCCUCCCCCUCUGUGCUAUCCUUUCCCUCUGAACUCAGCAACUCGGUUCUUCUUCUUUCUGGUGGAAUAUUUCAUUCAAUAUUAGCACUGUAACUUUGAUCUCUAGUUUGCAAUUUUACAGCCAAUUGCUGAUGUCUCGGCAUAUACUUCACCCCUGAAAAUCGUGAUACCUUGUGUGUCUUUACUGUGAAGUCCAUGGUCAAUGUCUUCUUUCAUGGCAGAAAAGAGGGGAUCUGAUGAUAAAAAAAGUAGUGUGAAGUCCAGUAGUCGGGAAAAACAGAGUGAAGACACAAGCAUGGACUCCAAGGAUGGCGAUGCUAAGAAUGAGGUCAAUGGGACCAGUGAAGACAUUAAAUCUGAAGGUGACACUCAGUCCAAUUAAAACUGAUCUGAUAUGACCUCAGAUCAGACAGAGGUAAGUGCAUUAUUUCAAACUUUGAUUAGGGCUUUUUGUUACUGUUUAACAGUGCAGCGUAAGUAUGUACAGAUGAAGAUGGAGCUAAGUCAACAAGUAAGAAGAGGUGCUAAAGCAACUUCUGAAGGAAAACACAGUGUAGUCCUGCAAAAUCUUUUGAGGUACAUUGUUUUGUAUCGGCUAUUUUGUAGCAGACUCAUACCCCCAUUAGUGUGCCUCUUGGGAACAUAUUUGUAAUCUAGUCCCUUAGAAGUUAAUUAUCCUAUUUUUUAUUUUUAGGGGAUUUAUUAUCUUUUUUAACAACUUGAACUGAUUUUGUAAUUAAGUCCAUAUUGUGUUGGUGCAUCAGAAACAUUUGCUUUAAUACUUAAUAUUAGAGGCACAUGUUGGACUAUUUUGUUUUUAUAUAAACUGCUAGUAUUUCUUUGUCAAGGAUGUUUCUAGUUUUUUUGCUUUGCCUUGCAUUCUAAUGCAGUUUGUUCUGUAACUCGAGAGCCAGUAGCAUUGGAUUGAUGGAAGUGUAGGGUUUAUGAAUAAUUGCAGCUGACUACCAUACCUCACACAGCGUUGGUGUUGUGAGCGGCCCAUGAAAAGCCAAAUUAAAAAUCAAGGAUUCAGUCAAACUAAGCAGGUACUCAUGCCAGGUACUCCUUUCUCUACCCACAUCCAUGUUUGAAUGCUGUUGCCUGUAAUCUUUAAGCUUACUGUUGUGUGUUUUAUUUACAAAAAGUGAAAAGGAAUCUUUGUGCAUAUAUUGUGAAACUGUUAACCUGAUAUUAACUUGAUUGGAAUUUUCUUUCAACUGUGUGUAGGGAUGCAGUGCUGCCCAGAAUUAGAUAUCUUUAUUAAAUGCAAUAAAUACUACAUAAUAAUCGCCUUGUAACAUUCAAUGCAUUUCAAGUCUUUAAGAGGUAUGUGUUUAUAAUUUCCUACUGCGUAGGAGAAUUGCCAGGCAGCCAUGGCACACAGCAGCAUAUACUGGCUGAUACCAGACUUGGGAGGCAAAUGAAAAUAAAGGCCAAUGUCAGAAACACCCAAUAGGUAUAUAUAAAUGGCAAGAAUGUAUAUAACCACAUUGUUAGAUAAAUGAAGCUAAUCUUAUACAUAAAUAAUUGCCCCGUCUUGACCUGUGAUUUCUCAGGGUCAUUCCUUAAGUAAGGAAUAAACCCAAAUAAAACCAGCUGAUUGAUUGAUUUCCUUGCAACAUAGUUAAUAUAGUUUCAGCUUAUCUUCUAAGAACCCCUAACCAAUUACAGUGCAGGCCUAUGCAUGCUUAUUCAGAAGUAGGUUCCACUGUGUUCAUUGGGGCUUGCUUCCAAGUAAAUGUGCAUAGGAUUUAAGCCAUACAGUGCAAUCCUCUGAGCACUAAUGUUGCACACCCUUCAUUCGUUUCAGUGGUACUUGCAUUUGACAUCUGUGCAAGCCCUGUUGGAAUACAUGGCUUCCCAACAACAGUGGUUGGUGAAUUGUGACGUCAUGUUUGUCCUUAACUGUCCAAUACACAGGGGUGUUAGGUGUAAUUUUUAUGAGAUGAUUUUGAAGAGUUAAGCGGGCAGCAAGCAGACGCUGUUUAGGAAUGGCAAAUGAAAGUAAUCUUUGCUCCCACUAUCUGACUCUCUUUUCCCAACGUUUUGCGUUAUAGGACAACCACGUGACAAGUCUGCGAAGAAGCCUGAAGACUGCUUAAUACGAAGAUCUGCUUUAAAAUGAGGUGAAAGAAAGCUGUAGUGGCAUAGAAAAAAAAUAAAGUUCAGUUAGAUUUUUUAAAAUAAAAAUUAAUUCAGGACUGUUGUGACCUCUCAAAAUGCAGAGAGAAGUUAAUAAGCAAACAUGCUACUGAGAAUUUUAAGUCCUGUUAUCAUUUUUUUCCUAUAAGACUUUUAAGGUGAUAAACCAACAUAACCUGAACACAUGGCUUGCUCAGUGUUUAAUUGCAAGUUUUCAUUCUUGAACUUUGAAACACAAGGAUAAAUGUUUAGUAUUUUGUGUGACUCCAACUAAAAUAAACCCCAUUUUUACAACAAAGCUAUACCUGGCUUCUUGAUAUACCCUAAUGGAAAUACAGUAUCUAUGACUUUCUGUUACACAUUUGAUUGUCAUUGAGUGUUUAAUAUUAAAUAGACUUCUUUCCAAAUAAAUCAAAUGUGUUCAAGUUCAUUCUUGUCUAUCCCCAUGCCCCCACCCCAGAUCAAAAUGAGAGGUUGGGGUAUUUCUCUUAUCAAAAUUUACAUAACCAAUUUCUGUCCCAGUAGUUUCCAUAGGUUUUUAAAAAGUGUAAAUAAAGAUAAAGAGGUAACACUGCAA